AUGGGGGUUAAUGAAAUCGAUAGUAAAUCAAAAGAAUCAAUAAAAAGUUUAGAAAUGUCAAAAUCAAAGGGUAAAAAGAAAAAUAAAAAAAAGGAGGAUAAUAAAGAGCGUAAAUUACGUCCACGGAUGUCGAACAUAAGGUACAGUGUGCAAAUAGAGAGAGAACUGGGCGAGUCUAGUGAAGGAAGACAAUUGUUAAUUAAAAAUGACAGCAAAUCAUUGAAGCGACGUUGGGCCGCACUGGGCCUUUUUUGUGCCCUAAAUAGCACGCAGUGCUGCGUUUGGAACACAUGGGGACCAAUUGGUAAAUCUGUUAUCCAGGCGUUUCCUAAUUGGAAUAAAAAUUCACUGGCGCUUAUUUCCAAUUGGGGCUGCAUCACUUAUUUGACUUGUUGUCUGCCUUGUUGUUGGCUGCUCAAUGAAACAGAUUUAGCUACUCCAUUGAAAAUAGCCGCCGUCCUGUCAACAGUAGCUACAUCCUUACGUUGCAUAUCCACCCGCACAUCAAUCUUCACCACGACCGCACACAUGGCAGCGAUAAUAAACGGACUGGCCGGAGUUAUCGUCGGCCCAGCCACAGCUCUGGUCUCCGCCGUCUGGUUCCCAACAGGAGAACGCACGACCGCCACUGGAAUAUCCUCAUCUUCCAGUCAAAUUGGCAUGGCUCUUUCCUAUAUCCUUGGACCAGCUCUUGUCGGGCUCAGCAAAAAUAGCAAUCCGCCUCUUCUCAAUUUUACUGAUGAUCAUAAAAGCGCAAAUAUUGCUGGUAUAUCUGUCUAUCAGAUAAAUUUGCAAGACCAGAUAAUGUCAUUGAUGAGAAUCGAAUUCGUUAUUCAAUGCAUGGUCCUAAUUGGAAUAUUGGCAUGUUUUCCAAAACAGUCCCAAAUAUCGAACACGAAUAUUCAAGUAUCAACGCUCGGAUUAUCCGAGUCAUUAAUUAAAAUCACGAGAAACAAGAAUAUGUGGUUUCUUUGUCUUUCUGCGGCAUUAACUCAGGGUAUGACGAGUCCUUGGUUGGCAAUGAUAACAAUGGCUUUUGGGACAAUUACACAAGAAGAAUCAGAUAAACUAGCAUUUUGGACAGUGGUACUAAGUAGUAUAUUAUGUCUAGUAACAUCAAGAAUGAUGGACAUUUUUCAAGGACAUUUAAAAGCUGCGAUAUCGGUAUUGCUUAUUAUUUCAUCAAUGAUGUUUCUAUGGAUAAUUCUACUCGAUAGCAAAGUACUUGUCUUUCAUAAACACGAAUUAUAUGCUGCUGUAAUACUUGGCAUUGCUACUAACUGGUCAACUUCCGCCCUGUUCUUGGAGUUAGCAUCCGAAAUUUCUUUCCCCAUUUCCGAAGCCAUUGUCGGCGGUUACAUGAUUUUUUUAUCGAAUAUUGUUGGGAUGAUAUUUUAUUUGUCUUAUUGUAUUCCUGGAAUGGGUAAAAUCAAGUCACUUUAUAAAUUACUAUUAUUAAUA